ACCGUGUUGACGCACACACGGGCCGAGGCACACGUAGCAACCCGUCGGAGAUUCGCUACGCACCGUCCGGGUAAUAUCACGAUACCGUGAUACGUGCACCGUGUGCGGAUACGUGUCCCUCCCCGAGUCUCUCCCAAGGUAAAGCAGGCGGCAGGGAGACUACGGUCGGCGCAGGGGUGGCAAGGGCCAGCGGAGGCAAAACCGGACACCGACGUUGAACACCUCCUCGGAUCGCGAUUACUGGGCCCCAACGGAAACCUGACGAAUAUCUCGACCUGUCCCGGAAACCUCGGAGGGAGGCGACCCUAUACUCCGGACGAACGGGCCCGAGAGUUCGAGAAGAUCGGGAGGAGAGACUGGGUGCCACUGGGAAAUGGAGGCGAUAGCCAAGCACGACUUUACCGCUACGGCCGAGGACGAGCUCAGCUUUCGCCGCAGUCAGAUACUCAAGAUCCUUAAUAUGGAGGAUGACAUGAAUUGGUACAGAGCAGAAUUGGACUCUAGAGAAGGCCUCAUACCAAGCAACUACAUAGAAAUGAAGAAUCACGAUUGGUACUAUGGUAGAAUUACUAGAGCAGAUGCAGAAAGACUACUAAUGAACAAACACGAAGGUGCCUUCCUCAUAAGGAUCAGCGAGAGCUCACCGGGAGAUUUUUCUCUCUCUGUCAAGUGCUCCGAUGGCGUGCAACAUUUCAAAGUCCUACGAGAUGCGCAAGGAAAGUUCUUUCUUUGGGUUGUUAAAUUCAACAGUUUGAACGAACUGGUAGAGUACCACCGUACAGCAUCGGUUUCACGUUCGCAGGAUGUCAAACUACGCGACAUGAUUCCAGAAGAGUGUCUAGUGCAGGCAUUGUACGACUUUACACCCCAGGAGCCUGGAGAGCUGGAGUUCAGAAGAGGCGAUGUCAUCACUGUGACGGAUCGCACCGACCAGCACUGGUGGCACGGUGAGAUCGGCAACAGAAGGGGACUAUUCCCAUCUACUUACGUUACUCCCUACCAUUCUUAGACUUUGUACCGGUCUUGUGGUAACGGACGACGUGAUUCACCAGCUUAUCCCAGGCACAUCACCUACGAGAUCAGACUAACCGCGGAACCGAUAAACGAGAUUCUACAAACGCCGCUUAUCGAGUGGGCCGCCAGAUUGUAUCGGCGGUCGGGAGCCGUGUAAACGAUGCAGCACUUUGGCAAAUGGAAAAUUACCCACGCUCAACCGGAUGCGUUACCUGACCAGGUUGGGAGACGAAAAUCGCAUCCACCUGUCCGUCGUCACGAGGGAAACGGGGGGAAAAUAAUAUCCGGAGACGAAAGAAAUGCAUCGACAUUUUCAGUUCGUCGGGAACACGAGGUUCUCACGGAUGUACGAGUCGCCCUGAGGAGACUCGACUCUCUCCCCACGAUUAGUCUAAGAUAUUAAUUCCUAAGGCUCGUCCAUUCUCGUGCAACCCGUAUCUCGGUCUCCCUCGGGGCAACUCGUGCCUGGAACUGUACAAUAAUUCACCGAUGCAACGUGCCCAACGCGCGUUGCCAUCCCCGCGGCCAUGUGACAACCGUAUUACAGGAGCUCGGCAACAAAACGCGCUUCUCCCCCUCCCCGGGAGGGGGGGAACAUUGAACGGCGGGUGACUUUGUAUUUUUUCAAUAAUCUCUUCCUCUACCCUCUUCACCGCACCCUGGGGUGAAAGGAUGAACUUCUUUUCGACGAUUCGAGGGCCUAGCUAGUGGUUUUAACCGAUACCGGGGGAAUUACGCGUUGAUAUACACUAUACAUAAUUAUAUACAUAUAUAUAUAUAUAUAUAGGUAUACGUAUAUAUGUAUAUAAGCCGUUAAAUUAAAGCGGUAGCAUCGAGACGUGUCGCCUUUUAGCAUUCUGGGUCCGGAGAAUAAUAGAUUGGGACCGUAAUACUUGUAACCUGAUCAACGAAGGGGAAUGGAAAUAUGUGUAGCCGAUGCGUGUUAACUGCAUUAAGUAGUACUGCCUAAAAAAAUGUGUAACGCAUGUUAGGUUGACUCGAGUAAAUCCUUGGACGAUUGAUUUUUUUUAAACAAGUCAUAUCGAGGGGCUGUUCACUUGGAAAUUGGUGAAAACUAUUUCUUCCUUUGAGAACCGAUUGCCUUUGAUUUUGUUUUAUAAAGAACAUGGACUCGGUAAUUGAGGACUAUUAGCCUUAAAAUUGUGACAAUGUUUCGGUAACUCUCAACAACUUACAGCUGAUUUCCACGUGAUUUUGGGUGUUAAAAUCCGUGAUCCAGCGAGUGGAUAACCUCUCGAGUUGUAUACUGCCGUUAUCUGUUUUGGAACAGGAGAAGAUAUGCAGGUUAGCGUCUAGCUCAGGGUAAUUCAUUCCUCCCCUUGUGGUAGUAGGCACGAGUUAUGUAGAUACACGGGAACGAAACACGCACGCACGUACGCACCACGGUGGUUUUUUCCUGAUCUUCAAAACGGCGCACGAAAUCGACGAGGUCGGCUAACGAGUAAAACUCGACGUGUAGGCACGAUGAGUGCGAUAUUUUCAGGAUACUUUGCGAGUACGUGUACAGAAAGUACCGUCGAGGAUUUUUUAUUUUUACUUAUUAGCCGCGCGGGAGAAAUUGUGUCGCGCGAGGGGGCGAAUUUUUUUUUUCUUUUGGAGGAAGCGUUGACACCGAUAUGUAGAUUUGUAUACAUACAGAGGGAAACGUCGACGGCCAUCGAUUCUAGUCUGCCUAGGAUUUGGAAAUCGCGAAUUUAAUGUCGAAACUUUGUCGUAACUUCGGUGGAAGUGCGAAGAUAUGAAUCCGCGCGUUCCUUGUAAAUGCUACAAUUUCGAGAUCCCAGAAGUCGAGUUUGCCGAGAGGCGAGACGAUCGUUGACAACUACAUGCAAAUCAGCCCGUUGAUCCGUUUCGGAGCCGGCUGACCGUUUUUUCGCUCUCAUUUUUCGAUUCAUCCCUCAGUUAAGGAACUCUCGAUAUCUGUAGAGGAGCAAAAGUAUUAUACAUUUAUAUACGUAGAUAUAUAUAUAUAUAUAUAUACACACACACAUUUUCUCUCUUUCUUUUUUUUUUCUUUCUUUUCGUUUCUCCAAGUCGUUUUCAGCACGACCCAGGCAAAUGAAAGCUUCACUUUGCACAUAUAAACACGGAUGGAAAGCUAGCCUCUUAUCACGUUUAUAACGACGACCUAUGCAGUGGUAUCAUCGUCAUCGUCAUCAUCGCGUUAUGUUAUGUUUUAUGAUUAACUAUGCAUAUAUAUAUAUAGUAUAUACAUAUGUACAUUACAUUACAUUAAUCGGA